GAGAGAGAAAAAUCAUAUAGUGAGUGAGUGAGUGAUUGAGAGAGCUAAUUAUAUCAGUAGUUAGAGAAAUUUUGGAUUUUUGCUGCUCAAUUCAUUACACAGAUUUCGUGAAUUCACGAUGUUAAGGGAAGCUAAGUUAUCACGUAGAGACUCCGGCAAAAAGCACGAGGAGAUCGAGAACGUCCCUGAGAAUCUCCAAGCUUCGUUCUUGUCUCAAACCAGCAACGACUCCUCUUCUUCUUCCUCCUCAUCCAUCUCUCUACCACGAGCUCCGUUAAACGCAAUCCACGAUUCGUUAAACAACCCUAAGGAUCCCCGGAAGAUCGAACGAACUCCGUCUAAGACCAAACCCAAGAACUCAGAUCCAGCAUUGCCUUUAAAAACGCCUGACAACAACAAGCACCGGUUCGGUUGGGGGGAGAAGCGUGGUUGUUCUGUGACGAACACGACUCCUAAGACUGGUAGAGUUGUCGGGAGAGGUGGUUCGGAGAGCGGUUCGGCUCAGAAUACGCCUACUAAGAGCGUGUCUAAGCCUCCUCCGGGGUCUUGUUACAGAGGGAAGCUUGAUGGGGGCAGAGCAGGUGGGUAUGCGUCGUUGUACAAAGGGUUGUCUAGCUCUGAUCAUAGGCAAGUUGUUUCAGGUGUUGUUAAUACCGUUGAAGUUCCUCACUUUGACCUUAAGGAGGAUCCAUCUUUCUGGAUGGAUCACAAUGUCCAGAUUCUUAUACGUGUUCGACCGCUUAAUAGCAUGGAGAAGAGUAUAAAUGGGUACAGUAGGUGCCUAAAGCAGGAAAGCUCGCAAUGUGUAGCGUGGACUGGACAACCAGAGACACGGUUUUUAUUUGAUCAUGUGGCUUGUGAGACAAUUGACCAGGAAACCCUUUUUCGGGUUGCUGGUCUGCCCAUGGUUGAAAAUUGCUUGUCUGGCUACAACAGCUGUAUAUUUGCUUAUGGUCAGACAGGAAGUGGAAAAACAUACACAAUGCUCGGGGAAGUUGGUGAUUUAGAAGUUAAACCAAGUCCCAACAGAGGAAUGAUGCCACGGAUAUUUGAAUUUUUGUUUGCAAGAAUACAAGCUGAGGAAGAGAGCAGAAGAGACGAGAGACUUAAGUACAAUUGCAAAUGCUCUUUUCUUGAGAUUUACAAUGAACAGAUCACAGACCUUCUUGAACCGUCUUCAACAAAUUUGCAGCUUCGAGAGGACAUUAAGAGCGGUGUCUAUGUGGAAAAUCUCACUGAGUUUGAAGUAGAGAGUGUUCAAGACAUCUUAGGGCUUAUCACACAGGGUUCUUUGAAUCGAAAAGUUGGAGCCACAAAUAUGAACAGAGAGAGCAGCCGAUCACAUAGUGUAUUUACAUGCGUGAUCGAGAGCAGAUGGGAAAAAGACUCAACAACUAAUAUGCGUUUUGCAAGACUGAACCUGGUUGAUCUUGCUGGAUCAGAGAGGCAAAAAACUUCUGGCGCUGAGGGUGACCGCCUAAAAGAAGCUGCUAAUAUUAAUAAAUCAUUAUCCACAUUAGGACAUGUCAUUAUGGUUCUUGUGGAUGUUGCAAAUGGUAAACCAAGGCAUAUUCCAUAUCGUGAUUCAAGGCUGACAUUUCUUCUUCAGGACUCACUGGGUGGCAAUUCAAAAACAAUGAUCAUUGCUAAUGCUAGUCCUUCCGUUAGUUGUGCAGCAGAAACGCUAAACACACUUAAAUUUGCUCAGAGAGCCAAGCUAAUCCAGAAUAAUGCUGUGGUCAACGAAGAUGCCAAUGGAGAUGUCCUGGAAUUACGUCGUCAAAUCCGACUUCUGAAGGAAGAGCUUUCCCUCCUCAAGCGCCAGAACAUCUCAAGGGCAUUGUCAUUUGGAUCAGCAACAGCCAACAUUGCAGAAUUCCAAGUCGAUUCUCCAUCGAAUGAAUUGCAGGAGAUAGGCCGUCAACAUGCUAGUAAUUCACUUGUGUAUGAAUCUGGAGGCUGUGUACGGAUGUCUAGAAAGCAGUUGAAAUCGUUGGAGAUAACACUUGCUGGUUCAUUGAGAAGAGAACAUGUGGCUGAUGCUUCAAUUAAGAAGCUUGAAGCUGAGAUUGAGCACCUAAACCGUUUGGUUCGGCAAAGAGAGGAAGAUACUAGGAGCACAAAAAUGAUGCUCAGGUUUCGAGAAGACAAGAUACAGAGGCUGGAAUCACUUCUUGGCAACCAGAUAUCUGCAGACUCUUUUUUGUUGGAAGAGAAUAACGUGCUGUCAGAAGAGAAUCAGUUGCUUCAAGCUAAAAUUGAUAAAAAUCCUGAAUUGACUCGCUUUGCCCUGGAAAACAUAAGGCUUCUGGACCAACUUAGAAGAUUUCAAGAGUUCUACGAGGAAGGUGAGAGAGAAAUUCUACAAGGCGAAGUCUCUAAUCUACGAAGCCAGCUCGUCCAGUUUCUUAAUGAAAACUCUGACCGGCAAAAACAUCAUGAUGAUGUAACAGAGCCACAGGAUGCAUUACGUAUUAGCAAAGAAAAUUAUUCACUACAGGAGGAGUUAAAAAAGACCUCUAACGAGCUUGAAAAAUGCCGAACUAACCUUGGUUCUUGCCUGGAAGAGAAUGCAAAGCUUAGUAGGGAAAUCCAUGAUCUUCAGGCUAUGGUCAGCGAUAUCAGAGCUUCCACACCUGAUGAACAUAGUGCGAACAAACAAAAGGCCCUGCUGGAAACUCAAAAUUUUGAUCGGACCGAAACACUUGCUGGUCAGCAGGCCAACCACGUGGAAGAAAUCAUCAAACUGCAGCUUGAUUUGGAUGUACUGAAAAUUAUACUCGAUGAGGAAAGAACACUACGUGGUGAUACAGAGGCACAGGCAGUUCGCUUGAAACUUAAUAUUGGAGAGUUGAAGGACCAACUACUUAUGAUGAGCAAGCAGCAAGAAAAUGUAAACAGUGAACUGCUGGAGACACAGUCUGUGGUUGAAGCUCUCGAGUCGCAAAACAGUACAUUGAUUCAAGAAGCUGUAGAGUUGAGGAGAAUAAAGGAGAACUAUACUGAACUUUUACAAAAGCAAGAGCUUGACAUCCCAGCAAUGAAGUCCAAACAGUGCAAUGAGUUCAAAGAUAAUCCUGAAGAGGACAAUGCUAUUAAUGCCAAGUUCAAGAAAAUGCAAGCGUCUCUUGAAAAAGCUAAGAGGUUGAACAUGCUGUUCAAGAAUGAUAUUGCUUCUAAGGCAUGUGGAGAUGAAGAAACGGACGAAGUUCAAAGGCAAGCCGAAGCUGAAACUGCUGAGGUGAUUGUCUAUUUGCAGAACGAGCUGGAAGUUCUUCAGAAGGAGGUUUAUGAUUUCCAAUCAAAAGAAAACGUUACUGAAGAGAAGGUAAAGCUUUUGGAAACUCGGAUGGAGGAGCUGCAGGAUAACUUGCGAGAUAUGACCAUGGAUAAUGAACAGUUGCAAGAAAAUCUCAGAAGCAAAGAAAUGGAACUACAGAUCAUUUCAAACGAAAUGGAACUUCUCACAUCUGAGCUUGAAGAAAUUUUGCUGAGCGGGAAUGAAGGCCUUACAGAUGCAUGUUACCAAGCUGAUCUAAUUUCGGGUUCCUUUCCAGAUAAAAGGAUAUGGAUAUCUGAACAGGUUGGAGGGCUAAUAAGAACAAUUUCUGAGAGAGAAUUAAUGAUCGAAGAUCUUGAAAGCUGUUUAGAGGAUGCCAAUCAAAAGCAAUGUGAUAUAGAAUCCAUGUUGAAGUCUCUUAGAGGGGCAGCAUUAGUGAUGAAUGAAGCUCACCAGAGAGAGUACGAGGAAAAGGAGUCGCAUGUUCUCCUCUUGAAGACGCAGUUGUGCACAAAAACAGAGGCCAUAUCAAGGCUUCUAGAGAAGCUGAAGAUGGCUGAAAGUUGGAUUAAUGAUGCAUCACAUUGUGCAACAGCUUCUCUAGUAAUCGUCAACCGGUAUUCCGAGGUAAUCGAAUCCCAAACUUUUGAGUUGAAGCAAAAGAAUCUCCAGCUUGAGGAUUCUGCUGGAACAAUUCUUUCUCUGAAGCAACAAGUACAAGAUUUGGAAGCAACCUGUGGAGAACUUAGAAGCAAACUUCUGGACGAAGAAAAGAAUGCUUCUGCUAUGGAACGAAAGCUUGACGAAAUUGAGGAGACUAGCAUUUCCGCCAUGAAAGAGAAGCUUUCUGAGCUUAAGGGUGCCGUAUCUGGACUGAGGUCAUGCAUAAACAUGUGUCAAGAACAUGGAAAAGACACUGAGGCAGAAAAAUCACUAGGGUCCCCAGCCUACUGUAGUGAAGGACAGGAAGUUGGAAGGAAUGUAGUUGUCUCGUCAUGCAUUGAGAAGACUCCAAACAAAAAUCAUACGGAGUCCAUGAGAGUUAGCAACCAGGUGUCUAGUGAGAGAGGUAAGGUGAUUAUACUGCUAAAGCAAGAAAUGGAAUCUGCUCUUGUAAGUUUGAAGGAGGUGCAAUUUGAGAUGGCCAGACUCCAGGAUGAGAAGGAAGAGCUAAAGGCGUCUGAGAAAAGAAGCUUAAGCAACUUGAACGAUCUGGCUGCACAGUUUUGCAACCUUGAGGCUGUGAUGAAUAGCAUGAAAGAACAAUAUGAGCACAAAAUAGAAGUCACAGAUCAUAAACUUAAGACUUUGGAGCAUGGAUUUUCUAAGAUAAAGCUAGAGGCUGGCCAGGGACAUGUAGAAAACUUAUGUGUUCUUCAGAAAUUUGAGGAGGCUCAAUGGACUAUUAAAGAAGCAGAUAUUGCCAUCAACGAGCUCAUAAUAGCGAAUGAAAUGAUGAAACUUGACCUGGAGAAACAGAAGAAAAGGGAAAUCAGCUUGGCUGGAGAGAGAAACACCUUAGUUGACAAACUGCAGGAGCUGGAAUCCAUAAAUGUCAAAGACAAUGAAAAGGUUGAGUACCUUGAGAAGCUAUUCGAGUCAAGUUUGAUUGGUGUAGGAGAUCUUGUCGAAGAGCUGGAAACUGUUGUCAGAAAACUACAAAACGAAUCAUCUGAGGCCUUGACUGGUAUGGCCAAUGAUUUAUCUGAGUUAAAGUCUUCGGUUUCAGAAACAGAGUCAGCUAGGUUGUUCCUCGAGGAUAUCUGGUCAGAAAUAAUCAUGAAGGAUUGUGCUCUCUCAGUUCUACAUCUAUGCCAUAUGGGGGUUUUGUUGGAAACAGUUACGGGGGUGAAUGCCGAAAAUGGUCUGCUUCAACGUGGUCUGUGUGAAUCAAACUCUUCCAUAGCCGGAUUAAGAGAUAACAAUCUCAGGUUAAGAAGGGAGCUUGAAAUGUUUACAACGGUCAAGGGUAAACUAUUGGCUGAUAUAAAGAAUGGUUUUGAGAGAGUUUCAAGAAAUGAAGAAGCAACUAAUCUGCUCACUACAAAAUUAAUAAAUUUUGAGCAGAAAAUUUCAGGUUUACAGUACCAGGAGGAGUUGAUGUUGCAAAGAUCUGACAGCAUGGGGUCUCAGCUUGAUAUUUUGAUGAAAGAAAUAGAUUUGAGCAAUGGAAACCUUGCAGAAACUCUGAAUGAGCAAAGGGAUUUCUUUGACACUGAAGUUCAGCAUUAUUUGAUGGAUCUCUGCUCAAAGGAUGUUGAGUCACUUGUUCUGGCGCAAAAAGUAAAAGAAUGUUCUUCUUGUCUCGCAGUUUUGGAUAGAGAGCUUCUUGAUCAUCAGGCCAUCUUUGAAGAUCUUAAAGAGAAAUUGUUUGUGUCCCAGGUGGAGAGUGAGCUCAAAGACCUCUGUCUGGUUGAUAACAAAUUGGAGAUCGUUUCAAUGAAACAAAGGCUGACUGAAGCGCAAAGAAAAAUCAAGGUUCUCUCUUCAGAUCUUAGUCACAGUGUGCAAAAAACUGUCGAAAUGGAUGAAGUAAACAAGGGUUUUGGAGAAAGAGUCUUCUUCUUGGAGUCUCGCGUUUCUGACCUACAGCAAGAUUUAGAGAUAAAAGCUUCUGAACUUGACCGUCUUCAACAUUCCCAGUCCAUCACUGCAGGAGAGUUGGGUAUCAAAGAAAGGGAUAUACAAGUUUAUGCUGAUACUGUCAGUGAGCUGAAGAAUGAAAACAGCUACCUUAAGCGCAAGUUUAUACAUUUUGGUGAAGAUCAGUUAAAAGCAUUAGAUGUCACGAGCUCAAACAUUGCCAAAUGUUCUGAAGAUGGCAUAACACUGGAGAAAGUAACCAGGGAUGGUCUGGUAAUCUCUGAGCAAAUGUUCGAACUGCUAUGUGAAAACUCCAAUAAGGCUUUGGAAUUCGCAGACACUGUUCAAGCUUUGGAGAUUGAUGUAGAAGACUUGCUGUCUGAAAAUCUGAAUCUCCAGGAUGAGCUUUUACGAAAGGAUGAUGUUCUGAAGGGGUUGUCUUUUGACCUCUGCCUACUACAAGAAUCUGCUUCCAAGUCCAGGGAUAAGAAAGAUGAAACAAAGGAAAUCAUGGUUCAUGUUGAAGCUUUGGAAAAGAAACUAGCUUCGAAAACCUCUGAACUAGAAGAUGCUGUUUCUGUCGCCCAAAUGCUUGAAGUUCAGCUGCAAGAGAGCAAAGAUAUUAUAUGCAACCUUGAGACGGAUACUGAAAAGGCAAUUAAGUGCCAAAAACAGCUCUCAGCAGAAAAUAAAGAAAUUAUAGCAGCGGCUGAAGAUCUCUUAGCAGAGAAAAGCUCUUUAGAGGAGGAGUUGGUCCAGAUAAAGAAGGUAUCAGAGAGCAUGGAGAUGGAGCUCUUUAAUCUAAGAAAUGCUCUCGGACAACUGAAUGAUAAAGUUGAGUUUACCCAGAGCAAAUUAGAUGAGACCAGCGAUGAAAGGGAUAAUCUCCAAGAUGAAGUUUUAUAUCUGACAGAAGAACUUGGGAAAAUGAAAGCUGAGGCUAAAGAACUAGAAGUUAGGUACAUAGAAGCUCAAGAGAUUGCUGAGUCAAGAAAAAUGUAUGGCGAUCAGAGAGAAGAAGAAGUGAAGCUACUAGAGGGAUCAGUUGAGCAGCUUGAGUAUACUAUCAAUGUACUUGAAAAUAAGGUUAACGUUGUAAAAGUUGAAGCUGAAAGACAGCGUCUGCAAAGGGAGGAGCUGGAGACGGAGCUUCACACCAUACGCCAGCAGAUGGAAAGUGUUAGAAAUGCUGACGAGGAAAUGAAGAGAGUUUUAGAUGAAAAGCAUAUGGAUCUUGAGGAAGCUCAGAGGCAUAUAGAAGUGCUUGUGCGAAAUACGGCUAAUCAAAAGACCGAGAUUACUCAGCUCAGCGCGCAUAUCUCGGAAUUAAAUAUGCAUGCAGAGGCUCAGGCUAGAGAAUACAUGCAUAAGGUUAAGGAACUGGAGGCAAUGGCUGAGCAAGUAAAACCAGAAGUUCAUGUUUCUCAAGCUGUGGAAUCUUCAUUGAAUAAAGGUUCAGGGAAGCCUCGGGGUUCUGGCUCUCCUUUCAGAUGCAUAGGGUUGGGACUUGCACAACAAAUGAGAUCUGAGAAGGAUGAGGAGCUUGCUUCUGCAAGGCAACGAAUUGAAGAGCUUGAAACUAUAGUUGCAACCAAGCAGAAAGAGAUAUUUUUAUUGAACUCAAAACUCGCCAAGGUGGAUAGCAUGACUCAUGAUAUUACUCGAGUUAUGCUCGGACUCAAACAGAACUGUGCAUCGUUAUUGGAUAGUCAGCAAGUAUCAAAGAUAGCAGAGAUGCUUCAACGUUAUAGUUCAGAUUCACAAGAAACGGAUGUUGAAGUCUCUCAGCUCAAGAGGCAACUCAGUGAAUAUAAUGAGGAAAAGCAAGGAUGGCUAGAGGAGAUUGAAGGAAAGCAGACAGAUUUAGUUACUGCACAGAUAGAACUGGAGGAACAUAGGCAGCAUGAGCAACUGCUCAAGAAAGAAAACGAACUCCUGAAGAAGGAGAAUGUUAGUCAUAAAAGAAAACUAAUGGAACUUGAAGGAGAAGUGGAGAAGCUUUCGUCCCAACAAAAUCCCGAGUGGAGAACUCGUGAUCAUGCUAGAAUCAAGGAAGAAAACAAUGUGUUAAAACUUCAGCUUGAUGAGCUCAAUCUGAAGCUACGACGAGCAGAUGUGCAUAUUUCUCGUGCUAAAGAAGAGCUUGCUUGGUACCGAUCAUCUUCAGGAAAGAACCAACAUUCAAACUUUGAAAAAAUGCAUCAUUUAAGUACAAAACUGAAGGAAAGCGAAGAGGAUAGAAUGCAGCUGGGUAAGCAGCUAUUAUGUCUCUCCACCAGUAUCUUAAAGGCAGCAGGUGUAACAGGAGAAGAUAUAACAGACAUAAACCCUGAAGUUGCUGAAGAGGCACUUGAACAGCUUAAGACAAGAGUUGGUUUACUUGAAAGUGAACUGGAUCACUUUAGAUUAAAGGGAAAAACAAAGAGCAGAAGAAGUAGAAAUCCUGAGAGGACGAUGUCUUCCAUGCCUUCGCCUAGAAGAAGAUCAUGGAGUCAGAGUCCAAGAAAGAUGUCUCUGGUUCCUUUUUUCACUUCUUUAGACAGGUGAAAAGAAUGAUAUAAUUUGUAUGAGUAAAAAAAAUAGUCUUUGUAAGAUUCAUGAAUGUUAAAUUGUAAUUUGUAAAGCAUAUUGAAGGGAAUAGACGGGAUUUCUCUCAUCCCAAACACAAUGCAUUAACUAUCAGUGUUCUAUAUAAAUUAGUUUAGCUGCAUUUAAACAUCUGUCUAGG